CUUAGACUGCCGGUUGUUAGCUUGGCCUGCUCAGUAACGCUACGCAAUAUUCUCAGGGCAUCGACUAAUGGUGUGAAGUGGUGGUGUCAUACCAAAAAUGUCAUGGUGAAAAUAAAUAUUGUCGAAAUUUGUUCCAUGCUACCACCACCAACACCAACACCACCACCACAUCUACACCACAACCAGUUCUACUCAAAAGCCAACAAAACAUCAAUUUUACUAAUGGUCGUUCACUACACUAGGAAGAGAGAAAUUUUGAAAAUUGAGGCGGAACAUCAAAUGGCAGCAGCGGAUACAGAGAAUUAUCUAACCAAUCCGGUAAAUGCCUACAAAUUGAUUAAGAGAUUGCACAAUGAUUGGCAGAAGCACGAGGAGCAUUUUGAAAAGGCUAAGGAUCACUUACCACAAUGGAAGACUAAAAGUAAUUUCCUAGAAUUACCCAAUGACAAAGACUUUGAGGAAUCUGCCUUGGCCUUGGUGCGUCUACAGAAGACCUACAAUCUGGAUGUUAGUCAUGUGGCUUCAGGCAUACUAAAUGGGGUGAAAUAUGGCACUGAUAUGUCUUGGUCCGACUGUUUGCUUUUAGGCCAACAAUUGAUUAAUGUUAAGGCCUAUAAUCAAACCAAAGCCUGGAUUGAAGAGUCCAUGAGACGUUACAAUGUUGAAACUUCAAAAGCUAUUAAUGAUUAUUCAUUGGAUUUUAUGGAAAAACUUGGGGAAAAUCUAAUGAAAACUGGCAAUACUGAAGAAGCCAUGUCGAUUUUUCGUUCUUUGGUGUUAAAGGACCCGAAACGUUUGAGUACUGUUUCGAAACUGUAUGAUAACACCUAUAUAUUGCCUGAACAGUAUGAAGAAGAAAGGGAUUAUCAUAAAACCGAAGAAUUCAAACUCUACGAAAAAGUGUGUCGCGAAGAAAUCACUCGUUCCCCGGCAGAGUUACGCCAUCUACGCUGUCGCCACUAUCGUGGUGUGGACAAUGCCUUCUCUCUAUCGCCAUUCAAAAUCGAAGAAAUCAACGAGGAUCCCUAUGUAAUGCUUGUCCAUGAUAUUAUCAGCUCGCAGCAAGCCGAAAAAAUUAAGGAAUUGGGCUCACCUCGACUUGAGCGAUCUUUGGUGCGUAAUACCGGUGGUGAAGGCUCAUUAUUGCGUAAUUAUCGCAUCUCCAAACAGGCAUGGGUGGAGUACUCAUCUCAUCCGUACACAGAAAAGCUGAUAAGAGAUUUGCAUUAUGCCACAGGACUACAGACGGAAUCUAGUGAGCCAUUGCAAGUUGCCAAUUAUGGUUUGGGUGGUCACUAUGAACCACAUUUGGACCAUUAUACCUCUGUCACGGCUGAGCAAAGCAAUCGCAUGUCUACCUCCAUUUUCUAUCUAUCGGAUGUGGAGCAGGGUGGCGCAACAGCGUUUCCCUAUUUGAAAAUCGCCAUAAGGCCAACCAAAGGCACCGUAUUGUUCUGGUACAAUUUACAUCGUUCACUGGAUGGUGACUACAGGACUAGGCAUGCAGGUUGUCCAGUUCUCAAAGGUUCCAAGUGGAUUGGCAAUGUUUGGACACAUGAUCGCAAGCAAGAUGUUGUACGCCCCUGUCUGUUGUAUCGAGACCAUGAAAGCUCUCAGCCAUAUGAGUUUUCAAAAAAAAAAAAAAAAGUGAAAAUUAAAGCCUUACCCAUAUCAAUAGUGAAAAUGUUCUCAAAUUUAAAUAAAUUAAUUGUCGUCCAUUUCAUUGCUCUGCUGGGCUGUGUGUUGUGCAAUGACAUGGAGGGGCCCAAAGAAUUUUUCACCUCCAUAGCUGGCUUGGAGGAUCUGCUAACAACGGAAAUACAGCUACAAACGGAAAUGCAAAAAUACAUCGAUACUCUGACGCAACACAUCGAACUGUUGCGCAGUGAAAUGACCAUCAUUCAACAUGAACACUGGAAAGCAUCGAAGGAUCUUGAAGGAUACCUCAACAAUCCAAUAAAUGCAUACCGUCUCAUCAAACGCCUCUUCAGCGACUGGCCCACCUUUGAAGAGUCUGUGAUGUCGGAUAGCUCACGGUCAGAUUUUCUCAGCAACAUGGAGGCCUUUAAGCAAAACUUAAGUUUUCCCACCCAAGAUGAUAUGGUUGGUUCGACACGGGCCUUGAUGCGCUUGCAGCAGACCUACAAUCUGGACGUGGCUCAAGUGGCCAGUGGCAUAUUGAAUGGCAUGAAAUAUGGAUCUCCCAUGACAUGGCAAGAUUGCUUUAUUAUAGGCGAAUAUAUGUAUGCCAUGUCCUAUUAUAAUCACACGAUAGCCUGGUUCAAACAAACCACAAAAUUAAUACAGGCCGAUGAACAACUUCUGCAAGAUGCUUCCGUAUUGGAUUUUAUGGAAACUUUAAUUGAAUAUUAUCGUUCAAUGGGGGAUUAUGAUUCAGCCCUGGAUUUAUCGGCUUAUAUAAUAGCUCGAGAUCCGGAACGUAAGGCCCUGUUGGAAAAGAAAGCUGAAUUGGAAAAGGAAAAUAUCGAGCAUGCAAAUGAUGAGAAAGAGUUCAAGGAAGUUAAGAUUGAUUAUCCAUAUUAUAAAACCAAUGAAUAUCGUCUCUACGAAAGGGUGUGUCGUGGUGAACAUGAAAAUACAUAUUCACCCCAACAAAAAUAUCUCUUUUGCCAAUAUCAGACAAAUGGUCAUCCCUAUCUGUUGCUACAACCACAAAAACUAGAACAAUUAUCCUUGGACCCGUAUGUCAUUUAUGUUCAUGAUGUCCUUACCGAUAUACAAAUGGAGGCAAUUAAGGAUAUUGCAAAGCCACGCAUGACCAGAUCUCAAGUUUUUAAAGAUACCGAAAAGGAAGUACAUGAAGAUACUGACUUUCGCAUAAGUAAAACGGCAUGGUUGGAUUAUGAUGAGCAUGGAUAUUUGCAAUCGAUGCGCUUGCGGGUAGGCUACAUCACGGGUAUGCAAAUGAGGGAUGUGGAACUUAUGCAGAUAGUCAAUUAUGGCCUGGGUGGGCAUUACGGACCGCAUUUUGAUUUCUUUACGGAGCCUGGUUGGUAUUUAUCAGAAGAAGGCAAUCGCAUUGCUACUUCCAUGUUUUAUCUCUCUGAUGUCGAUGUUGGUGGCGGCACUGCCUUUACAUAUCUUAAGAUUUUAGUUCGCCCUCGUAAAGGUUCUUUGCUUUUCUGGCAUAAUUUGCAUAGCUCGGGGGAUUUGGACUUUCGUGUAAAUCAUGGAGCAUGUCCCGUACUGAAAGGUUCUAAGUGGAUUGCAAAUAUAUGGAUAAGAGAACGCGAUCAAUUUCGGGCAAAACCCUGCCAUGUGACGGACAAUCAUGAAGAGUCGUUAAAGUUCAAAAAUUUUGGUUAAUAUAUAAUGAAAGCCGAAUUGAAAAUUUUGAAAAACUGUGUUUUAGUGUGAAAAACAAUGGUAAAUCUGACUAUGUAAUACCAAAAGACAGUAUUGCCAUCGCUUAAAUGAGUGACUGGUAACAACAGUCUCUUUAAAAUGCUAUUAAA